GGUAAAUAGGCGCGGGGGCCGGCUCCGGGAAGCUACGGCGGCUGCUCGGCACCGGUACCCCAGCUCGCUGGCUGCAGGCCCAGGCUUUCGGCUGCUGAGUCGGUGAAUCUGAGAUCCAGCUUCCAAAAUGUGGCAGCUCCUGGCCACUCUUGGCUGCCUGGUGGUGCUGACCAACGCCCAGAGCAGCCUGCCUUUCCAGCCCCUGUCAGAUGAGCUGGUCAACUAUGUUAACAAACGUAACACUACAUGGAAGGCUGGACACAACUUCCACCACGUGGACCCCAGCUACCUGAAGAGGCUGUGCGGCACCUUCCUGGGUGGGCCCAAGCUGCCCCAGAGAGUUUCGUUUGCCGAGGACAUGGUUCUGCCCGAAAGCUUCGAUGCCCGGGAACAGUGGCCUAACUGCCCGACCAUCAAAGAGAUCCGAGACCAGGGUUCCUGUGGCUCCUGCUGGGCAUUUGGGGCCGUGGAAGCCAUUUCUGACCGGAUCUGCAUCCUCACCAAUGGGCACGUCAAUGUGGAGGUGUCAGCCGAGGACAUGCUCACCUGCUGUGGUGACCAGUGUGGGGAUGGCUGUAAUGGGGGCUUUCCUGCUGAAGCUUGGAACUUCUGGACAAAACAAGGCCUGGUUUCCGGUGGCCUCUAUGACUCCCAUGUAGGUUGCAGACCCUACUCCAUCCCUCCCUGUGAGCACCACGUGAAUGGCUCCCGGCCCCCAUGCACAGGGGAGGGGGAUACCCCCAAGUGCAGCAAGAUCUGUGAACCCGGGUACACCCCAUCCUACAAAGAAGACAAGCACUACGGAUGCAGUUCCUACAGCGUGUCCAACGAUGAGAAGGAGAUUAUGGCUGAGAUCUACAAAAAUGGCCCCGUGGAGGGGGCCUUCUCUGUGUAUUCAGACUUCUUGAUGUACAAGUCUGGCGUGUACCAGCAUGUCACCGGAGAAAUGAUGGGAGGCCACGCUGUCCGCAUCCUGGGCUGGGGCGUGGAGAAUGGCACCCCCUACUGGCUGGUUGGCAACUCCUGGAACACUGACUGGGGCGACAACGGCUUCUUUAAAAUCCUCCGGGGACGGGAUCACUGUGGCAUCGAAUCGGAAAUUGUGGCUGGAAUCCCAUGCACUGAGCAGUACUGGAAAAGGAUCUGAUCUGCGGCAGGACUGGUCUUGCCAGCCCCCGGGCAUUUGUUCCCUAAAUUAAGCUAGGUGGGCUGGUGACGUGAUGGAGGGGAGGAAUGUUUUUUAUUCUUUGCGUUCAGAUGAGAUACAAGAGGUUUCAGGGCCCGAAGGACCGGGCCAAACCUCGCGUCUACCAUCAGACUGUCUUCCAAGGAGACCCCUCCGAGGCCUGCCAUCCCCCCGGCCCGUUCGGUGGACCCGCUGUCUCCGUGCACACCUAGACCAUGUCAGCGCCCGCUGCAGGCACUGCGAGCCUCCCCCCUAGACUAGCUGCGCGUAGUGCCUGCUUUUCCGACGCCUGCGACCGCCACCUCCACGCCGCCCCCCCAACCCCGGGCCCACGCACACGGGAGCGAGACGGACACCCCCAUGGGCCUGCGGGCUUUCCACAGGAAUAGGAAGUGGACGUCCUCGCAGGACAGGUCCCCACCCGCAGCAGUGCUUCUGAGCCAGGAGCUUGCUGCAUUGGAAACAGGUUCUGAAGGAAAAACAGCGGGGCAGCUUUCUGGAGGGAGAAGGCCAUUCUCCCAAGGCCCCCGCGUCCCUCAAGCUUCACAGUGCCGUGCCCCCUCUCUGGUCUUCUCCAUGGCAUGGCUCCUUUUUAAAUAGAAGUUUUAUUUUUGUGUGCACCCCAGCUGGUCAUGUGGACAGAAGAGUAGCCUUUGGAAGAGCUGGCCUGCUCCACAGGCCGUCUCCUUACCACACACCUGGGCGUCGGCACCGGACAGGCCUGCCAGCCUGACACAGUGGGAUGCAUCUGGGAGAAGCCAGUUUUCACGGUUUCAAAUCACUGCUUCACUCUGUUAAUUUAACAAGGAAAGGAAUGUGCCAAUAAAAGUUUGCUCCCUUAA